UAGGCUGUACCUGUACCUGUACCUGUACCUCUUCCAUCCCUCUCUUCUACUUUAGGACGGAAUCUCCAACACUAUACAAUGAUACCACUUCCCACCUAACAUUGCAAUGUGCCACGUGUCUUCUUUUUAUUGGGUCUUAUCUGUCACGGUUUCGCCGUUUACGUUGCUUCCCGCGUGAACCCCUCGAUACUUUUAAAGCUUUUCUGUGUUUAUACUUCAUCCAUAUAAAAGUUUCGUAUAAAAAGUCUGGUCUCAUUUCUGCGCAAGUACGUCCUUCUCUCAUUUGUCGGAGUUAAAGGCUUGAUACUCAAAGCCCAAACACGUACAAAAUGCCAAUGCAGUCCUCGGUCGACCGGCCCGAGCGUAAGUACCGGAAGAGUCCUAAAGUAGUCCCUCUGCUCCCGCAAAAGCACGACGACUUCGAGGCUGGUAAAUAUGGGGCGUCCUUUUCAGGCGCGGUGUUUAAUUUAUCCACAACGGUUGUGGGAGCCGGAAUCAUGGCUUUACCUGCAACUGUUAAGCAAUUAGGUUUAAUUCCAGGUCUGAUUAUGAUCGUAUUCGUUGCUUGGCUAACGGAAUCCUCGAUAGACAUGAUUAUAAGAUUCAGCCGAGCUUGCAAGUCGACGACGUAUUCCGGUCUCGUGGCGGACGCUUUCGGUGGGGCCGGCCGGACGUUACUGCAAGUCUGCGUUGUUGUGAACAAUUUGGGAGUGCUCGUUGUCUACAUGAUUAUUAUAGGUGAUGUGCUAUCGGGUACUUGGUUGAAUGGCAAACAUCAUUUAGGCCUGGCCCAAGAAUGGUUCGGUCAACAUUGGUGGACUACACGCUUUACAUUGCUUCUCAUCACUACCCUCUUUGUCUUCGCUCCUCUCAUUUCUUUCAAGAGCGUUGAUUCAUUGAAGUACACUUCAGCGUUAUCGGUGGGUUUGGCUGUUGUAUUUGUGGCAAUAACAGCAGGAGUGGUGAUUGUUAAAUUUAUAUAUGGAGGCAUUGCAGUACCGCGAUUGUUGCCUGAAAUUAACGACCAGACAUCAUUUUGGAAGCUUUUUACCUCAUUCCCAGUUUUAGUCACUGCUUAUAUCUGUCACCACAAUAUUCACCCGAUUGAGAACGAACUGAAGGACACAAGUCAAAUGAAAUCCAUUGUUCGGACAUCGCUCUCAUUAUGCUCAAUUGUCUAUGUUGCUACCGGUGCCUUUGGACUUCUCCUCUUUGGGGACCAUACUUUGGAUGAUGUGCUUGCAAAUUUUGAUGGUGACCUCGGAAUUCCCUAUAGCUUAUUGCUUGAUGAUGUGGUUAGAUUAAGCUAUGGAAUCCACUUGAUGCUUGUUUUCCCCGUAGUGUUUUUCUCCCUUCGCCUCAAUUUGGAUGGACUUCUUUUUCCCUACGCCAUUCCCAUUGCAUUUGACAACCGUAGAUUCUUCUUAGCCUCUGUAGCUCUGAUCGGAUUUAUUUUCGUGGGAGCCAAUUUUGUGCCUAGUAUCUGGGAUGCCUUCCAGUUCACUGGUGCCACAGCUGCUGUCUCUGUUGGUUUUAUCUUUCCAGCUGCUGUCGCCCUUAGAGAUACUCAUGGAAUUGCUACAAAGAAUGACAGAAUAGUACCAUGGUUAAUGAUCUUUUUGGCAGUCUCUUCAAGCACUGUGGCAGUCUUCAGUGACAUGUACAGUAUUUUUAGUGUUGAUAAAGACAUUGGAGGCUGACCUUAAAAAGGGGCAACUUUCUAGUUGCUGUGAUGGUAUUUUUGGUCGCUCCAUGGAUAAAUGUAAACCGGGCCUAAUGGGAUGAGCUUUCGGGGACAACUGGGCUUUACUCAACAAAGGACAUUGACUUGACUCCCCAGUUUUGUAAAGUAAUGUAGACACAAUUUUACUCUCAAACUCAAGUACAUAACGUUGGGUGUAUUUUCAAAUCUUCCCAAGUAAAAUUUUAAAAAUUUAAAUA